AUGAUCAAGAUUAUUCCACAUAAGUUAAAUGCUCAGGAGAACCUUAUCAAAUAUUGGGCAAGAACAAUGGGAACUCUGGACACAUUCUGGAAAAUAUGGAAGGAGGAAUACUUGACCAGUUUGAGAGAACGAGAAAUUGUAAUGAUGAACGAAUCAAACGCUCCUCGUGGUACCUGGAAAUUAGCAGAAAUAAAGAAACUCAAUAGGGACAGGAUAAUAAGAAGUGUUCUAAUAGAGUUACAACGAGAAAGAUUAAUGAAUCAACCUAUAAAUAUGUUAUAUCCAUUGGAAAUUCGACAGAAAGAAGAUACGAAGGACCAAUCAACAAUAUUGAAAGAUAGAAUAUAUGAAACUGAUAAACGAAAGGAACCCAUAGCUCAACGAAUUAAAUCCUCCCAUCCGCAAUUACCAAUUAAAUUCUCCGUCGGGAGUGUCGCGGAUUUUAAUAUCGCGAAACUCUAA